AUCGACAACAACAGAGGAUCAACACCACAACAACAAAAAAAUACAUACACAUAUACCAUUGAUCUUAACAGUACAUUACUACAUCCCUUUUUUUUCAAUUGAUUCUUUGCUGCACCUUGUCACACACACACUGUACCCCCCACUCACAAUUCAGACCUUCAUUCGGUUAAUAUAGACUUUUUUAUACUAACAAAAACACCCAUGUCCAAAAUAGAAAUUGUAACUGAAAACGUAACUAAUGGCCAUCUGGGAGCUAUUGAGCGUAUUCAAUAUACUCAAUCCCAGAUGGUUGGCCACGGAUCAUUUGGGGUUGUGUUCCAGACCCAGAUCUUGCCUACAAAUGAAAUAGCAGCCAUGAAACGAGUCUUGCAAGACAAACGAUUCAAGAAUCGUGAGUUGCAGAUUAUGAAGUUGGUUCAUCACCGAAAUAUCGCUGACUUGAAGUACUACUUUUAUACUAACAACGACAAGAAUGAGUUGUACUUGAAUUUGAUUUUAGAGUUUGUUCCAGAAACGCUUUACAAAGCCAGUCAUUACUAUGUGUCUAAGCGCUUGAGUAUGCCGCCUUUAGAAGUCAAGUUGUACACAUAUCAAAUGUUUAGAGCGUUAAACUAUAUUCAUUCGCAAGGGAUUUGUCAUCGAGAUAUCAAACCUCAAAAUUUGUUGAUUAAUCCAGACACCGGAGAAUUGAAAUUAUGCGACUUUGGAUCUGCUAAAAUCUUAAACCCAGAUGAACCAAAUGUUUCAUAUAUCUGUUCUCGUUACUAUCGAGCUCCUGAAUUGAUUUUCGGGGCCACCAAUUACACUACCAAGAUUGAUGUCUGGUCGGCUGGUUGUGUCAUGGCGGAACUCAUAUUAGGCCAACCUUUGUUCCCGGGAGAACUGGGAAUUGAUCAAUUGGUUGAAAUUAUCAAGAUUUUAGGUACGCCUACCAAGGAACAGAUCCGAAAUAUGAAUCCAAACUAUAUGGAACAUAAGUUCCCCCAAAUUAAACCAAUUCCAUUGACAAAGAUUUUCAAAAAGAUUGGUAACGAUUGUAUUUUAUUUUUAAUCAAGGUGUUGCAAUACUCGCCAGUUGACCGUGUUUCUUCGGUUGAGGCCUUGGUUGAUGUUUAUUUUGAUGAAUUACGUAACCCGCAAACCAAGUUGCCAAACUAUAGAAAGAUCUUCAGUCAACAGUUCCAUAACAGUAACAUUGCCAAUAACCCUGCUAUUCAUUCCACGGCGGCAAACUACCAAUUGUAUAACAAUCAACCCGAUUUAAAGGAUUUACCAGCAUUGUUUGAUUUUAACGAACGAGAAUUGCUGGUUGCUCCGGAAUUGAAUCAUAAAUUGGUUCCACAGUGGGCCAUCCAAGGAUUAGCAUUACAAAAUGGAGGAAUUCAAGAUUUAAAUGAGUUUGUUCCAAUGAAUCGUGAAGACAUGAGAGUUACACUUGAGUAGAUUUUAGUAUUAAUAAACAAUCUUUUUUU